AUGGUCGGCCCUGCACGGCCUUCCUCUGCAAUUCCCGCCGCCGCGAGGAGGUCGGGUUUGCGCCAGCCGACUCGCAGAGCUGGAUCGGCCGUACCGGACAGGCAAGCGUCUCCAGCAGUAACAAUGCGGCCGAAUACAUCCUCCCUAGCGCGCGCGCCGAAGCAGAGCCCCGAUCAGUCGAACCCAAGCUCUAUCGUGAAAAGGAAGGAACGGGACUAUGAACGGGAAAUCAAUGAGGAUACAAGCAUCCACGUGGUGGUGCGCUGCCGUGGUCGCAAUGAGCGGGAAAUCAAGGAAAAUAGCGGUGUUGUCUUGUCGACUGAAGGAGUCAGCGGAAAGAACUUGGAUUUGUCGAUGGGUCCAAAUGCGCUCUCAAAUAAGACUUACGCUUUCGACAAAGUUUUCUCUCCUGCUGCGGACCAAAUCCUUGUGUUCGAAGAAGUGGUUCUACCAGUUUUGAAUGAAAUGCUGGCGGGCUUCAAUUGUACAGUCUUCGCAUACGGCCAAACAGGAACUGGAAAAACAUAUACCAUGUCCGGAGACAUGACUGAUACUCUCGGAAUUCUAUCAGAUGAUGCAGGGAUCAUUCCAAGGACUCUUUACUCGUUGUUUCACAAGCUUGAAGAGACAGAUAGCACGGUGAAGUGCUCUUUUAUCGAACUUUACAAUGAGGAGCUGCGCGAUUUGCUAUCCGCGGAUGACAACACAAAACUGAAAAUUUUUGAAAGUGAAAAAAAAGGCCACGCAUCUACUCUCGUGCAAGGCAUGGAGGAAAGUUAUAUUGACUCGGCGUCGACCGGUAUCAAGUUACUACAGAUGGGCAGUCACAAACGUCAGGUGGCCGCUACCAAAUGUAACGACCUCAGCUCCCGCAGCCACACUAUUUUCACCAUCACAGUAAUGACGAAACGCACAACCGACUCUGGUGAAGAAUAUGUCAGCUCUGGAAAGCUUAAUCUAGUGGAUCUGGCCGGUAGCGAGAACAUUGGACGAAGUGGCGCGGAGAAUAAACGUGCGACCGAGGCAGGUCUGAUCAAUAAGAGUUUGCUGACUCUGGGACGGGUCAUCAAUGCUUUGGUUGAUAAAAGCUCCCAUAUCCCUUAUCGUGAGUCAAAGUUGACAAGACUGCUACAAGAUUCACUGGGUGGUCGGACAAAGACAUGCAUCAUUGCUACAGUAUCACCCGCGAAGAGCAACUUGGAGGAGACUAUUUCAACACUUGACUAUGCCUUCCGAGCCAAAAAUAUUCGCAAUAAACCCCAGAUCAACCCAUUAAUGUCCAAAAACAAGCUGCUUCGGGAUAUUGGCAUGGAGAUCGAGAAGCUUAGGAGCGAGCUCAUCGCGACCCGGCACCGUAAUGGUGUCUAUAUGACACCAGAUGCGUUUGAGGAAAUGACUACGGAGAGCGAAUCACGGCGAAUCGUUAACGAGGAACAACGAGCCAAAAUUGAGUCUAUGGAAUCAAGUUUGAGGCAUAAGGUACAGGAGCUGUUCGCUUUGACGAGUAAUUUCAACACUCUCAAACAAGAUAAUGAGAAUACCCAGUCGAAGCUCAGCAACACGCGGGAAAUUUUGGAGCAAAGGGAAAUGGACUUGAAAGAUACGUCAGAGAAAUUGGACGAAGAGAAGAUUGUGCGCCAAGCUCAUCAAGAUACCGAGAACAGACUUCGCAAACUUGGGUCUGAUCUCCUUUCCACCUUGGACGACACCGUUGAGGAUGUUCAUGGAUUGCAUGCAAAAAUUGGUCGCCAGGACAAGUUAGAAUCUGAUAACCGCCAGACAUGGCAAAGCUCAACCGGGGAAGUUAUCAACGUCACCCAGCAAAUUGACGCCCGCGUGGAAAACUUCCAGACUAAGCACACCGAGCUAUUGGAAAACAUGUCGAGCAGGAUCCACGAUUUUGUCGACACUGAGCUCAACACCAUUCGAUCGACUCGGUCACAGCUUCAGCAGUUCUCUUCCGCUUUCGAUAAGAUCGAGGCCGAGGCAAAGAAGAAGACUUCUAGUGCCCAUGAUGAGAUGAAUGAGGUCUUAGAGGAGAUUAAGGUUCUCCGCGAGGACGUGAAGACUAAAGUGGGCGAGGGUCUAAAUGGGCUAUCAGCUGCUGCCGCCCGGAUCUCGAAAGAAGUUAUUGGUGAAUUCUCCGAAUUCCAUUCCCAGCUUCAUUCAUCUUAUAGUGUUCUCGGCAAGGACUUUAAGUCCAUGUUCGAGAACAUGGUUUCCCAUCUCGAUCAACAAAAGUCUGAAAUCAACAAACUCCGACUUGAACUCCAGGAAGCAAACCGCCAGUCUGUGGAAGCCAGCCGCAAAGCCUCAUCGAACCUCGCCCAAACUCUCGAAGAAGAGCAUGCGAGUGCCCAAGCUGAGCGUGAUAACCUCAUGUCCCAAAUCCGGAACUUGCUCGAUGAAUCCAAUCAACGGCAGUCCACUCGUCUCAAGACCAAGUUUGAGACCAUCCGGGCUGAUAUUUCAGCAUCUGGGGACGCCCUGGAACAAUCCACUGCCCAGUAUGAUCGACACAUUGACGAAUGGAUCUUUAAGGAGGAGCAAUUUGCAAAGGAUGUCACAGCAUCCAGGGAUGAGAUGAAAAUUAAGAUGCAAAAUGACUGGGAGGCAUUCGACCAACGCAAUGCUUCGAUUCAACGCGCGACCGAGUCGGUACAUCAAGAGACCGUACGUAUCGUGGAUGCCCAGAUGAACGACAUGAGCAAACAGAUGGGAGCCCUCGAUGACUUCGUGGCUAAAGCUCGGUCUCACAAUGGUCUUUUCCAUGAAGAACAGCUAUCAAGCCUGGACGCCCUUGCUGAUAAUGUUCGAGAGUCUCGUGGAGUCAUCCAUAUCCAACUGGACAGUCUGGAUGGACGUGUGGGCCAGCUCCAGGAAGAUGUCACAAGGCAUACUGGAGACUUGGAACAAUCCACUGCUCCUCUGCAGGAUGAAGUGCGCCAGCCGCUCAAUAAGCUUCGGGCAACAGUUCAAAGCCACCCCAUGAAGGAUUAUGUUCCUACAGGCGCCACACCUCAAAAGCGGAAGUAUGAGUACCCAACAGACCUACCUCGAACAGAAUCCCACGAUGGCCUUCGCUCUAGGCAUCGCACUUCUCGUCAGUUCACAGCUCUCCCUUUCAAUGAAGAGGCCCAGGCGGCGCCGUCCCCUAGCUCUCCCGUCUCUUCGCCAUCCAAAGGCUUUGUAUACAGCGAUGCUGCGGACGAGGUAGGGAUUCAUCAUAUUCCGUCAUCAACCACCACUUCUUCCAACAAUGGCCUUAGGGAAGUCGAUUUAAACGUCGCCAAACAACUCGCGUGUGAUGCCGACGAAGACAGCUGCAAGCCUGAAACUCCCGCGGCAAACCUAUCCCUGGACCUGGACGAAACCCCCGAAAGAAUCGAGCCAGAGCAACCCUCUCUCAAGCGGCGCCGCUCGGGGUCAAGCAACACCGUCGAAGCGAAGCUACCGCAUAAAAUUCUCUCAAAGAAGAUGGCAGGUAUGAUGGAGGGCCGGGAGAACAUGCCCCCUUCCGCCAUUUCCGGCAGCCGCAGAUACAGGAACCGUGCUGUCGAAUAA